AUGAGUAUAAAUAAGAAAAAAGAUGUUGCGGAAAAGAAAAUAAGAUUGCCAUCAAAAUGUACAUUUAAGGGAAAUUUGGAAACAUAUAAGAUAACAGAUACAUUACAAGAUAGUUUAUAUGGUAAGGUAUAUCAAGGAUAUGGUGAAGAUAGUGGGAAAUUAGUAGCAAUCAAAAUACUAAGUAAAAAUGAUAUAAUUACUAAAGAAAUGAAUAGGUUAUUACCAGAAACCCCAUUAGCAGAAGUAUUUUUUGCAGAUGAAAUGGCAAAUCAUAAAUAUCUUGCAACAAUAAGGGAUGUAUUUGAAACAGAAGAUUCACAUUGUAUAGUAAGUGAUUUAGCAGAUGGAGAAGAUUUAUUGGAGUUAUUAAGAAAAAAUAGGUAUGGUUUAAAUGAAAGUCAAGCAAAAAUAUGUAUGAAACAAGCAGCAAUAGCUUUAAGUAAAUGCCAUGAAAGAGGAUUUGCAUUACAAGAUUUUAGUCUAGAGAAUUGCUUAUUAUAUUCUGUAUAUGAGGAAAAAGAUAUAAAUGACGAGAAUCAUAGUGAAAAUGUGGAAAUAGAAGACGAUGAGGAAUACAAUAAAAAAGAGGUUUUAGAUAUCAAUAAAGAUAAAAGGAAAAAAUUUCAGAUUAAAGUAUGUGAUCCAGGUCAGGCUGUGAGAUUUGGUAGGUAUAAUCAAGAAAUUGAGAUACCUGUUCCAUAUUUAGGUUGUGUGGGUAAAAAAUUUAGACCACCUGAGAUAUUUGAAGGUAAACCAUAUAUUGCAAGUAAGGUAGAUAGUUGGUGUUUGGGUUGGAGUACAUUUUAUUUAUUAUUUGGUACAGAGUUAUUUGAAAGUGUUCAUAAUAUAGAUAAUGAUAUUAGAUGGAAGUGGUAUAGUAUGGGUUAUAGAGAUUAUUUAUAUUCUUAUUUGGGUAUAAAUGAGAAAUUAAGUAUGGAUGCACGCUCAUUUAUUGAGUCAUUGGUUCAUCCCGAUCCAAUCAAUAGAAUGAGUAUAAAAGAAGCAUUAGAUCAUCCAUUUUUAAGGGAUGUGAAUGAAGAUGAAAACUUAAUAUUAGAGGAUUGGGGAAGACCUUUAUAUAAAUUAGAAAAUUCUGUCAAAUCGGUUAAAAACCCACAAGAUUAUACAAUACCAUUUAUUCCGAAUUUAUAUAAAACAAAAUAUUUGAAAUUAUAUUGUACUGGUGACAAGCCGAGUGGAUAUUUUCCCAUUAAUAAUAAUAAAAGUAAUGUGGAAGCAUUUAAUAAUUCAAAAUUGAUAAAGGCUCAAAAUCAGAAAUCUAUGAUAAAUAAUUCUAUACCAGCAACUAAUAAGUAUAAUAAUAACACUAGUAAUAAUAAUAAUAAUAAUAAUAAUAAUCAUCAUCAUCAUCAUCAAAGUUCAGUAGGAGGAUUGACUGGUAAUAUUUUUCAAAAGAGAAGAGGAAUGGGAAAAGGGUAUGGAGGUGUUACAAGUAGUAUAAAUGGGAGAAAUGUAAUGAAUACAUCUGCGAUUUUGAUGAACUGUAAUAAUAAUAAUAAUAGUAAUAAUAAUAAUAUCCAGCCGAGAGUAUCAAUUAAUAAAAACCAAAUGAGUGGUUUAUCUUUAGGUUUGGGAAUAAUGGGAAUUACAGAAACAGUUUAUAAUCCAAACUUACAUUAUCAAGGACAAUACCAGCAACAAAUUUACCAAAAUUACCAUCAUCAUGGCUAUGGAUAUAAUACAUAUUAUGGUUCUGGUUACUCAGGAAUAGGACCAUUUCACUCUCAAUAUGUUUCUCCAGAAAUGAGUAAUACUAAAAUAAUAGAUAACACUCAAAAAAAAUCAACAGAAUCUGUUUCUGUUGAUAAAAAAGUAAUAGAAGCAAAGGAAACAACAAUAGAAAAAGUCAAAGAAAAGAAUUGUACUGAGUCUAGGCCCACAUUGUUUCAAUCAUCAUCCUCAAAUUGCAUACCUAAAGCAACAGCCACAGCAAUAGCAACAACAACAAAAACAACCACAACCACUGGUACUAAUAAUAUUGCUACUACUGCUACUACUACUGCAGCAACAUCUCCUUCAAUAACCACUAAUCCAAAUAUUAAUACAGUAGUUUCUUCUAAUAAAGCAGCCUUACCACCAUCAACAAAAUUGAAUAAUAGUUUGUCAGAUGGAAGAGGAAUGUUAGGAAAUUCGAUGAUGAUACAUCAAAAUUAUGGUUUGCCAGUAGUGGGAGGGUAUUAUUCAUCAUAUGUUCCAACUCCUAAAGUAGGAAUGAAUGGAAAUAUGCAGCUGGGUUUUCCCGCAUUUGCAUCUGGAGCAAAGACAAUUGGAACAGGAAGUAAUAGUAGUGUUGUUGAGCAGUAUACGAGUAGAAAUAACAGUAAAAACUUUUCAUAUGUACCACCUCCUUUGACUAGCAGAAAUAUUCCAAGCAAUUGCCAUCUCUACAACAAUAACCAUAGCCACGGCCAGAUCAAGGGGAAGGGAAUUGGUGGAGGGGGAGUCAGUGCAAGAUUGAGUUACGGAUCUAUGAGUUAUGUGCCACCAUUAAUGAGAAGAUAG